UUCAACAUUCAGGAAGAGAAACUCUACGUGUAGUACUGAUCCACGUUAAAAUUGGAUACAGUCGACAUGGACUUUUUCGUCUUUUCUGUUACUGAAUAAUUGCACUGCGGUGUGAAAGCACAGUUUUAAUAAUGAAAGGCAUGAAGUGUACAUUUGCAAUUUGCCUACUGGUGAUGUUUUUGAAUGUGUGCGCGGCGGACAAUGAUGAGAAAGAGUCGCUGGAACUGCAUGAGCAAGUCGUCGCUGCAGCAAAUCAAGAUCAGAUCGUCUUUACACCUAGUAAUAAUAAAAAUGCACAAUUAGACGAUGACGAUAUUUCUGCCUCCCACCAGAACCUGGGAGAUGGACUGUUUACCAGCAGGUUGAACGACACAGAGACUUCUGGAAAUGACACCCACCAUGCCACCACCCCGGUUGUCAAGGUGACGACCCCGGUGCCCCCAAGUCCUAAGCCCAUCCUCCCUGUGCAGACAGGGGUCAAGGCCCAGGAAGAGGAGCAGUCCAGUGGCAUGACCAUAUUCUUCAGCCUGCUGGUCAUUGGUAUCUGCAUCAUAUUGGUGCAUCUGCUCAUCAAAUUUAAACUGCAUUUCCUUCCAGAGAGUGUGGCUGUGGUGUCCUUAGGUAUUCUCAUGGGAGGCUUCAUCAAGAUCAUUGAGUUCCAGGAGCUUGCCAACUGGAAGGAAGAGGAAAUGUUUCGACCAAAUAUGUUCUUCCUCCUGCUCCUGCCACCCAUCAUCUUUGAGUCUGGAUACUCACUGCACAAGGGGAACUUUUUCCAGAACAUUGGCUCCAUCACCUUGUUUGCUGUUAUUGGCACGGCCAUCUCGGCCUUCAUCGUGGGAGGUGGAAUCUACUUCCUGGGACAGGCUGAUGUCAUCUACAAGAUGAGCAUGACAGACAGUUUUGCUUUUGGUUCCCUCAUCUCAGCCGUGGACCCCGUGGCAACCAUCGCCAUCUUCAACGCUCUCAACGUGGACCCUGUGCUCAACAUGCUGGUGUUUGGGGAGAGCAUCCUCAACGAUGCCGUCUCCAUCGUGCUCACCAACACCGCAGAGGGAUUCGCCCGUUCAGAUAACUUGGCCACGGGCUGGGAGACGUUUGUGCAGGCGCUAGGAUACUUCCUCAAGAUGUUCUUCGGUUCUGCUGCCCUCGGAACCCUCACAGGACUCAUCUCCGCCAUCUCUCUUAAGCACUUUGACCUCAGGAAGACUCCGUCUCUGGAGUUUGGAAUGAUGAUCAUCUUUGCCUACCUGCCCUACGGACUAGCUGAGGGGAUUAAACUGUCUGGUAUCAUGUCCAUCCUCUUUUCAGGGAUUGUGAUGUCGCACUACACGCAUCACAACCUGUCUCCCAUCACCCAGAUCCUGAUGCAGCAAACCCUCCGCUCUGUGGCCUUCAUGUGUGAGACAUGUGUGUUUGCCUUCUUGGGCCUCUCCAUUUUUAGUUUUCCUCACAAGUUUGAGCUGUCCUUUGUUGUCUGGUGCAUAAUCCUGGUGCUGCUGGGGCGGGCUGUGAACAUCUUCCCUCUGUCCUUCAUGCUCAACUUCUUCCGAGACCACAAGAUCACGCCCAAGAUGAUGUUUAUCAUGUGGUUCAGUGGCCUGCGGGGUGCCAUCCCCUAUGCCCUGAGCCUCCACUUGGGCCUGGAGCCCAUUGAAAAGCGCCAGUUGAUUGGCACCACCACCAUCGUCAUCGUCCUCUUCACCAUCCUCCUCAUGGGAGGCGGGACCAUGCCCCUGAUCCGCAUCAUGGACAUCGAGGAGACGUCGCGGCGCAAGAGCAAGAAAGACAUCAACCUCAGCAAGACGGAGAAGAUGGGCAACGCCAUCGAGUCGGAGCACCUGUCGGAGCUGACGGAGGAGGAGUACGAGGCGCACAUCUACCAGCGGCAGGACCUGAAGGGCUUCAUGUGGCUGGAUGCCAAGUACCUCAACCCCUUCUUCACCCGCCGCCUCACCCAGGAGGACCUCCGACACGGUCGAAUCCAGAUGAAGACGCUGACCAAUAAAUGGUACGAGGAAGUCCGACAGGGUCCGUCGGGAUCGGAGAACGACGAAGAUGAAGCCGAGCUCCUAUGAAGACGAUCGGACCAGCACAGCCACCGGCGGGCUCAGCGUGUGCAUCUGGGACCAGAGAGAAAGUUCCACAAGAGGACCACUGGACCUUCUUCUGUGUGUGGAAGAGUGACCAGACACCACAAGUGCCCACACUGAACCGUACCACUUCACUUGACUGUACACCACUACCAUGACCACCCCAGCCCACUACACCGAAGUAGAGAGUUUCUCCUGAACCAACCAGGGGCCUUCACAGAAUAUGGAGUGGCUUGGAAAUCAGUGAAUCCAGAAUAGAAGCUGCUCUUGUGCCAUGUAAUAACACUGCAACUAGAUACUUGUUUGGGAUAGGGGGACUGGUGAUCCCCUGUCCUGCGCUGUCACAAAAUAAUUUGAAUUUGAAGGGAGACCUCUGCUGCAUUAGGAACGUUGUGCUUCACGUGUGAUAGAACUGAUUUGGUGCUGGUUCUCGACAUGCUUUAAUGGCAGGGCUUAGCGUUCUUUGCGCCAUGUAGCUCCUCAGUUCGAAAACGUUUUUUUUUUAAGGAAAGCUCACAAAAAUAUUGAGAAAGAUAUUUCUCUAGUGAGGCAAUAUUAGAGCACUUUCAAUCACAGUUUCACAUUUUGCUGUGCUACUGCAAAUACUUACUUAAUUUAGGAAUGAUCUCUGUAAAGUCUACAAAUGGAUUUGUUAGGGUAUUUGCCACAUUAUAAUGUGAAACACAGGGAAUGCCACCAAUGAAUGUGGGGAUGAGGGGAAAAUGUCAUUUUUUUGUGUCUUAUUUAUCUUAUUUUAUAUUUAUCAAUUACAUAUUUGAUAUGUUGCUGGGAUAACAGCUUUUAUACUGUCACAGUUGUUGAAUGAUGUUGGUGGAAGUUGACAUUGCAUUGGUUAAACAUUAAAUUGUUUAAGGGUACCAAA